CUCUGUCCCCUCUCCCCUCUGUCCCCUCUCUCCUCUCCUCCCCGUCCCCUCUCCCCUCCUCCCUCCUCUCCUCUCCUCUCCCGUCUGUAGGCUCACCAGACCCAGGGAGCGGGGGCAGUUGCUCUGUGAGAGGGGAUUGAUUUAUACCCCCUAGACUCGGGGACGGGUGAUUACAUUAAAUUGUAUGGCAUUCUUCUAGGCUUGGCAGGUAGGGGUAAAGGUGAUUAUUUAGGUUGUCUGGAUCCAGGAGGUCACGGUCUCAGAACAACAAGGAGUGAUGAGGAAAGGCGGCAGAGGCCCGGGUUCAGUCUUGGUCCCCGGUGCUGUUUGGAAGUUCUCCUUGUGUGCGCGUGGAUUUCCUCUGCGUAUUCCUGUAUUGCCCCACAUCCCAAAAGAUUAUGGCAGUUUCCCUCAGUUAAGUGUGUACAGAUCCUAAGAAAAUAUUGACCAACGUCAUUUGUCUUUGGGAAUGGCUGCCAGAGACACAGAGUCUGCUGAUGAUAUAUGGGAGAGGAUAUGUUCUGGACUCCCAGCUCAGAUGAUGGAAGUGAAUGAAACCAAUUGCCCAGUCAAAGAGUGCUUCCCAGAAUCCUUCUCUGAAAUAUUCAGCCCGAUCUCUGUCACAGUGCCAGACGUAGAUUUGAUGAGCAACGAGCAUCACGCAGAGGAAGGGAAUGCUUGGGCUCCCAUGGCUGAUUCACAGCAAUAUCUGGCAAUGCUGGAAAAUCGCCUGAGGAAACUGAAGGGUAUAAACGAAGAGCCAAGUUCAAAAGGGAUGCUAAGGAGCCUAUCACAGGCAAAGAAAGAAUGCUGGGAUCGGUUCCUGCAUGAGCAGUAUAUGUCAGAGAUGUACAGUGAUGGAUACGAAAUGGACCAGAGUGCCAUGGACUAUUUCAAGCGGUGGGUGCAGCCAGACAGAGUUCCAGUAAACGCAGAGGAGAUUCAGUAUCUGAUCGGUCCUGAAGGACAGUCUGAGAGCCCAGAGGAGCCUGAAGGUGGAAGCUGCUCUUCCUGUGAACAGUAAUGACCGACAGUGGAGUCUGCCCUGAGAAACCUGGCUCAGGCCAGGCCAGAGCUGAGCGAUGACCAUCAUCCAGACAUAGAAACGUUGGACUGUUUAAUGUGACAGCCACAGAUGAGCUCGAAUUGGCCCAGCAGCUGAAUCCUCGGAGCCCCUCUGCCCGCAUCACUAUAACUGAGUCACCACCUUGACCCAUUUCUGACUAUGAGUAGGAAAGACGAGAAGGGGAUCUGGGAGCAGAAAGGGAUUUACUGCUGCUGGGUGUACCUUAUUCCAAUGACCUGUGUACCCCUCAGUGCAAUAGUGCACCUUUAUUUAUAGAACUACGGGCAUUUGGAAGACUUGCAUUUGAAGAACAUUUCAUUGCAUGCCUCAGUGAUAAUGCAUUCAUUCAACAGCACACAUUCUCCUCCUGUCUCAGCACCAGUGUUUGUGUAUUGUGCAGAGAGCUACAGUCACCUUAAGUCCAUCAAAUAUUGAAAUGUUUUCCACUUCAGAUAGGGAGAGUGAAUUGAAUCAUUGUUUAGGUUUCUCUGUUUUGGGAACGUGACGGCUACCAAUCCCUUGUGGAUUAUCUGUUUCCAGCAUUGUACUCUGGCGGGGGGUACUUAAUUCUCUAAGUUUGAAUGUCUUGAUCUUUCUAACGUAUCUCUCCACUCACUAACCUGUCUCUAUCAAAGCACUCCCAUCAAAGUCUUUGGUAGCCUCUACCUUCCUAUGCCCCACCCCUGCCACUUUAGUAUAUGGCACAUGGAAAACCCUUGACUGUUGUAUUGAUGCUGAGCAGGGCAAGCUGUAGAAUAAUGAAACCAUAGAAUUGCUAUGGCACACGAGGGCUUUGGCCCAUUGAGCCUGUGCUAACUCUUUAUGGAGCAAUCCUUUUAAUCCCAAUUCCCCAGUCUUUUCCCAUAACCUUAUUUCUAUCCUGUUCCUUUUAGAAUGCUCCAAUAGACUCUAUAACCAGAGACUUCUAAAUCAUUACCUCAGUUGACAUAAUACAAUUUCACAUUCAGUCCGUGUCUUUUUACCCAUCAUUUUAAAAUCAAUGCUUCUAGCAACACAUAUAUAUAUAGAUAUAACCAUAUUCAAAUCUCCCCCUGAAGCAGAUGUAUGGUGAUUGUCAAGCCCCUGCCUCAAUCACAUCUAGUUCAGAGUUUAACAUCUGGAUUUCAAAGUUUUCCUUGGUGACUGUGUUACAAAGGCCAGUGUACUUUACAGCCAAAGCUGCUUGCAGCACAGAGGGAGGCCAGUCAGUCUGUUGGUGACAUCCUAUGCAAAUUUAAUCCCUGUCUUCUUUCUCUAAUAGCAUUACAGAUCUGUGGUUUGUUUAAUCCAGCACUCAGACACCUAUAAUGUGAUUUUUUUUAUUUUACAAAGGAAUGGAUAUACUAUGUUUUCAGUGAACACCUGAUUAUUGAAGCUAGGUUUUGAUAAUUCCACGUGGUAAGGCUGCCCACCCACACACAGGCACGCACUGUAACGGUAAUUAAACUGGACCGCAGUUAGACCCCGUGUGAUGAAAGAGUGAGCUGUGCUGCUCCACCUAACAGAUCAGAAGCAAAAUCACAGAACGUUGAACUGUACAGCACAGGAACAAUUAAACUAGUAAUCAAUUGUCAGUUAAGCUAAUCACUUCUGCCUACACAAUGUCCCUAUCCUUACACUUUGCUCACAUUCAUGUGCCUAUCUAAAGCUCCUCUGUCACCACCCCAGGCAGUGCAUCUCAGACACACAUCACUCUCCGUGUUUAACAAAAAACUCCCACCUUAAGUGCAUGCCCACUGUAUUGGACACUUCAACCAUGGGAAAAAAAAAGCUGUCUGCUUCUCAUAAUCUUAUAGAUCUCUAUCAGUUCUCACCUCAGCCUCCGCCACUUGAGAGAAAACAACGCAAGUUUGUCCAGCCUCUCAUUAUAGCACACACCCUCUAGACCAGGCAGCAUCCUGGUAAACCUCUUCCGCACCCUCUACAAAGCCUCAACAUCCUUCCUACAGUGAGGCGACCAGAACUGUACGCAAUACUCCAGAUACAGCUUAACUAGAGUUUUAUAAAAAAGCCCCAACAUAACUUCCUGACUUUAGAACUUUACUAAUAAAGGCAAGCCUUCCAUAUGCCUUCUUAACCACAUGAUUGAUCUAUGUAGCCACUUAGAGAGAGGUGUGAAGUUUGCCUCCAUAAUCAUUAUGCACAUCAGCACUGUAAGGGUCUUGCCGUGUAUAAUCUCUUUAUCUUUGACCUACACUUCAUACUUGGCUGGGUUUAACUCCAUCUGUCAUUUCUACGCCCAUAUCUGAUCUAUAUCCAGCUAUAUACUUUACCAGUCUUCUAUGCUAUCCACAACUCCACCAACCUUUGUAUCAUGUGCAAACUUAGUAACCCACACACCUUCAGUAUUGUAGAAAAAAUCUUAAACACAUGUAAAAAAAUUCUGUAAAGCAAAGAUACUUUCAAAAAUAAUGAAAUGAAAAGUUUCUAAAUCACAAAAAAUUACUAUAAAGAGCAAUAAACAAUAAAAACUAAAUCAAAUCAAUAGUUCACGUGAUCACCCUUUGGCUUUAAAACUGCAUCAAUUCUCAAAGGUACUUUGAUUGGCAUGCAGUUUUUUAAGAAAAUUGGCUGAUAGUUUGUCCCAAGCAUCUUAGAGAACUUGCCAUAGUUCUUCUGCAGACUUGCUCUGUCUCUCCAGGUAACUUCAAACAGCAUUGAUGAUGUUGAGAUCAGGGCUCUGUGAAGGCCAUAUCAUCUGAAGUCAUGUAAAGAAUCUAGGGUGCCUCAGACGUUUGCAUAAUCAUCUACAUUUUCAUCCAUGUCAUUUACAUACAACACCAACAGCAGAGGUCCCGGCACAGAUCCCUGCGGAACUCCAUUAAUUACAGACCUCCAGCUCGACCACUCCCCUCUGACUUCAAUGGCAAGCCAGUUCUGAAUCCAAAUAGACAAUUCACCAUGGAUACCAUGCAUUUUAAUCUUGCAUGAGAGAGGAUGGGCCUCUCAUGAGAGAUCUUGUCAAGUUCCAUCUAGAUAACAUCUACAGCUCUGUUUUCAUUAAACACCUUUGUCACGCUUCAAAAAACUCAGUAAGAUAGAAAAGAGCCAUGCUGGCUCUCCCUAAUUAAGCCAUUGUUUUCCAAAAACCUUAUCCCUAAGAAUUCUCUUCUUAACUUCAGUACCACUGACAUGGGAGUCACCAGUCUAUAGUUUCCAGAACAGACUAUGCUGAAAAUAUUCAACAGGUUAGCUAGUGUCUGAUAAGAGUUAAAUAAAGGGAACUAACAGCAGAUUGGGAAAAGACAGAUGAUUAACUGAUGAUGAUUCAUUGCACUAGGUCAAUGUGCUGACCCCCCCCCCCCCCACACACCUCCGCGCGUAAGUAAUUUGACCUGUCCCAUCUAGGCUGUCCUACGUAUCCUUCUGAAAACCAACUUGCACCUCCCUCUUUCCCAGCUGAUAAAGGGUCACAGCAUUCAAAAUGAUGGCACUUGCAGCCUAACUUGCUGAGUUUCCCAGCAUUUACUGUUUUAUUUCACAUUUCCAGCAUCUGUAGUUUUUUUCUGAUUAUUUCUUUUUCUCUUAGGUAUCAUCCUCAUGAAUUGUUUUUGAACUUCCCAAUGCCUCUACAUCUUUUCAUUAUUAUAGAGACUAAGGCUCUAGGUUAAUUUCUCUUCUUUUGAAAUUACCCUCUAAUACUAAAUACCAGUCUUAAUCACUUCAAAAUUCAAAAUAAUUUUAUUAUCAAAGUACAUUAUGUCACCCUAUACAACCCUGAUAUUCACUUCCUUGCAAGCAUGUACAAUAAAUUCAUUACAGAAUAAUCAUAAUAGAAUCAAUGAAGGACCAUACCAACUUGGGUGUUCAACCACUGUGCAAAAAGAAAACAAACUGUACAAAUACGAAAAGAAAGAAAUAAUAAAUAUCGAGAACAUGAGAUGAAGAGGCCUUGAAAGCGAGUCCAUAGGUUGUGGGAACAUUUCAAUGAUGGGGCAAGUGAAGUUACCCUCUUUGGUUUAAGAGCCUGAUGGUUGAGGAGUAAUAACUUCCUGAACUUGGUGGUGUGAAUCCUGAGGGUCCUGUAUUUUCUUCCUGUUGGCAGUAGAGAGAAGAGAGCAUGUCCUGGGUGGUCGGGGCCCCUGAUGGUAGAUGCUUCCCUAUGACAGUAUUUUGUGUAAGUAUGCUCAGCGUGGGGAGGGCUUUACCGGUGAUGAAUUGGUCUGUAUCCACCUUAUUGUAGGAGUUUCUGUUCAAGGGCAUUGGCAUUUCUGUAACAGGCUGUGAUGAAGAUCGUAGCUAUAUUUGGAGCGUUGUAAAUUAGUUGCUUGUCUCUACGAUGUAUUUUUGGGAAAAAGAAACAGAUGAUAUCUCCUGUUACAUGACUGGAAGCUGUAUUCAGUGUGAGCCUUCAGGACAGUGAGAAAUUGUCUAAGGAUAUGUAGAGUAAACAAGGAAAAAGUGGGGCAGGCUGGACCUGCACUGACUCACCCAACCUGCAGGUGUCCUUGUACUCCAUGGAACUGAAGUCUUGUGGAGUCAUUAAAAAUGCUUAUGACUGAUAAAGUUGCAGACCUGGUACUGGUGUUCAUUUUUAUAGAAUGUAGUUCAGAAGGAGAGAAAUUGUACAUUUAUCUCAGCCUUAGGUCUCCAUAUUUAUGAAAAGAUGAUGGAGACAUCAAGGAAGGUAAAAGAGCAAAUCUCAAAAAUGGCCCAGAAUUGAAAAAUAUAUUUGUCAAGAAAGACUAAACAGGCUGGACAGAAGAUUCUGCAGAUGCUGAAAAUCUAAUGCUCUGAACAGGCUGGAAUUCUUUACUCUAGAAAGGAAAUGGUAGAGGGUUGUUCAAAAUUGUGGACGGUUUGAAGGUUUGAUGCUUCCACUUCUGAGGAAACUGGGUCCAAGGGAUAUUAAAUAUGUCAACAAAUUUUUGUAGAACACGGGAAUUUAAUGUGUCAGACUGGGGAGGCUGAAACGGUUGUUUUUGGAACAUUGAGAGAGUGUUAAUGCUGGUGUACAACUUGAUGACUGAUUUAGGUUAAGGAGGAAGCUACAUUAUUAUGCUAGUUAAUAGUUCAAGGACUAGCCCUUGCAGAUUUAACCUUUUGACAAAAGGUAAAAGGGAGACAUAAUUAAGACCAUAAAUUAGGUGGAGAAUUAGUCCAUUCAGUCUAUUCUGCCAUUCCAUCAUGACUGGUUUACUACCCCUCUCAACUCAUUCCUCCUGCCUUCUCACUAUAACCUUUGACGCCCUGACUAAUCAAAAACCUAUCAACCCCUGUUUUAAAUAUACCCAGUGACUUGGCCUCCACAGGAAUCUGUGGCAAUGAAUUCCACAGAUUCACCACUUUGGCUAAAAAAAAGUGCCUCCUUAUCUCUGUUGUAAAUGGACUUCCCUCUAUCCUGAAGCUACGCCCUCUGGUCCAAUUUUUCCCUUGAGGCAGAGCUGAAUUACAUCCUCACUUCAGACUGGAGAAUGAAAAUAUCUUGGCUGACACUCCCACUGCAAUACUGAGGGAGUUUUACACUGCCACAAGUGCCACAUUUAUCUGGAUAUGAUCUAGAAUUCAAUGCCUGUGUGGAGUAAUAGAGAUACCAUCAGUCAGGGCUUUCAGGGGAGACUUGGAUGGCAUACGAGAUUAAUCUGUAGGACUGUGUGGAAAGCAGUUUGACACAUUGAGAUCUGUCAUAUGGAUCCUUCCUCUCAAUCAAUAUCCUCAUUCAGAAGCUGUGCUGUUACGGCAUGUUAUACUGUUGCUUGUUCUAUAAUGAUGUUGGACCCUUACCAGAAAUUCCUGCACUUCCCACACCACUACUGACUGCUCUCAUAAGCACCUUAAAUAGCAGUACAGCUUUGUCCUCAUUGCAACUUAAGUAUUCCCACUGUGGUUAAGAAUCCUAUCUUCUAAUGUAGCACGUCUCACAAAGUCAACUGUGCCUCAUUUACCUAAGAUCUGGUAUUAGUUUUAAAUGUCAAAGUUCUUACAGCCAGCUACUACUUCCUCAGUUCAAAUUGACAUGGGGUGAUCUUUAUUGCAAGCUACAGUAGUGUCACCUCCAGAACUACUUAAUAAUUUCCACCUAAAGCUCUCUGACUAACCCUUGUUGAAAACUCCUUGCCACACUGAACAAUGAACCAACUGGCUCUUUUCUGUCUGAUAAUAAUCUCAUUCUUAUCCGUGCCAACUCUACAUCUUGCGAAAUCUCACAUAAUAACAUGAUGCGUAUUGAAAGCAACCCACACAAAACGCAGGAGGAGCUCAGCAGGCCAGGCAGCGUCUAUGGAACAGAGUAAACGGUCUGUGUUUUGCGCUGAGACCCUUCAUCAGGACUGAAAAAGGAGGAGACACUGGAAUUAAAAAGGCGAGGAGGGGAGGGAAGACUAGAAUCAGGUUUAUUAUCUCUGUGUAAAUAUUUUAAUUCUGAUUCCCAUUCCGGUUCUAACAUGUCGGUCCACGGCCUCCUCUUGUGCCAUGAUGAGGCCACCCUCGGGGUAGAGGAGCAACACCUUAUAUUCCGUAUGGGUAGCCUCCAACCUGAUGGCAUGAAUAUAUUUAUUCCUCGCUCUCCCUCCUCUAUUCCCCAUUAGAACCAUAGAACAUUACAGCACAGAAACAGGCCUUUUGGCCCUUCUUGGCUGUGCCGAACCAUUUUUCUGCCUAGUCCCACUGACCUGCACCUGGGCCAUAUCCCUCCAUACACCUCUCAUCCAUGUACCUGUCCAAGUUUUACCUCUUUACCUUUCCUACCCACCUAGAUUCAACUAUCACCUUCCAGCUAGUCCUCCUUCCCCUCUUUCCCACCAUUUUUAUUCUGGUGUCUCCCGCUCCCUUCUUUUUCAGUCCUGAAGAAGGGUCUCAGCCUGAAACAUCGACUGUUUACUUUUUCCCUUGAUGCAUUCUGACCUGAGUUCCUCCAGCAUUUUGUACCUGUUAGUCUGGAUUUUCAGCAUCUGCAGAUUUUCUUGUGUUUGUGAUGCUUAUUGAUCGUAUUACAUCUUGGACACUGAACCUUG